AUGCAAUACAACCAUAACCCAACCACAAUUACCAUGAACACCACCAUGACUACUCAAAGACAAGAACUCUUCCUCAGAGACAUGCUCAAUGGAUCAUCGAGUAACAAUAACUCUGACGAUUCAAGCACUAACAACUCUCAAACUCCAUCCAUCCAGCUCACUAAAAUUUUGUCACCAUUCCAACUUUAUACCAAGAAGAGAACAGACAUUAACAACAACUCUGUAGAGAUUUCAUUGUUAGGAAAGAGUACAGAACAUACUUCGCUUGACAUUCAAACAGAAAAGUCAGUGAGUGUGUACUUGGCUGAAGAAGGUCUUUCCUCCACUGUUGUUUGUGCAAGUCACUUGAUCAAGAAGAUUCUUCCAAUAACAUUCAGUUCAGUUAAAAAGAAUGAUAAGGUCUCAGUUGUAUCGUGUAAUGGUACACGAAAUAAUUCCAAGACAUGUUCAGUAGCAACCACAACCACAACCUUGAACUCAAAUCAACCACCUAAGGUGGCAUUCAGAGUGAAGAGUCAUGGCAAAGGUUGUAAUGGAACAGUGAAACUCUUUGUGAUACCAUUCGUAGUGACUGAUAAUGAUGCUGCCAAGACAGAAGAGCAUUACUAUCUCAUGAUUAAGGCCAAGAGAAAUUCGUUAGGUAAAGGAAACAACAAGUACGGUAUUGAGAAUGCCUACAUGUUCAGAAAGUCCAUGGAUAAUGACUUGAUCGAUCAAAUUAUUGACCGUGUUCAAUCAUUUGAUGCCUCCUCUGCAACUGUCACAGCAACAACAAACACCUCGAGCGUCACAUCUGCCAACAACAAACCAACUUCAAGACCUGUUCCACAAGAACCAUCCUCACCAACCAACAAGAAGCGAAGAGUGAGAAGCAGCAGUAACGCCAUCCAAAACGAUGCUAACAAGACCAAACUGAGAAAGACUCAACUAGAAGGAAGUGUUAAGGAAGAGAAGCAAAUCUCGACGGUUGGAGGAGCACCAAGUACUUUUGUUGGAGUCUCGUCGUCAUCCUUGGCUGCCAACAACAACAAUAUGUAUCACAAGACAACCUCUCUUCAUCAAUUCCAACAACCUCAACAACAACAACAAUAUCACCAACCACAUGUCUCGUCCACCAACUGCAAUCCUUUCAACGCACAGAGACCAAUCAAUAAUAGUAACAACACUACACGAAACAGCGUUCUGUCUCAAGGAACAGUUCCACUUGGCAUGGAAUUUGCAAACCAUACUUCACAAAGACUUCCACAAACUAGCUACUCGAAUACAACGCUUUCCUCAAACCAACAAUCAAGCAAUACAUUGGCAUCCAUGAUGGCAAACAUGAUGAAUAAUCCACCACCAACCUAUACCAUUGAUAACACAUCUUGGAACAAUCACACCUCAACAACAAAUACUGGAAACAGCAAUGUUGGCAAUUUGAUGAAGAAUCACAUUCUUGAGAUGGAUUUCCAAAAGCAAUACGGAAGACAAUCCACAUUCCAAACGCAACAGUCUUCAUACCAACCAAUUCAAUAUUAUCAAGCUCCAUCCCAAUCCACUUCUCAUUCUAAUUAUGGAGGUGACAACAGAGCCUUAAAACGAACGCUAGAUGAAAUCUUUUGUGAGGAGUUUGCCACUUCAAACAUGCAUCAGCAACCACAGUAUACCUCUAACGUUUAUCAAAACCAUCCAAUGAUGAAUCCUGUACAACAAAACUUUGUUCAUUUAUCUACUGAUGAAGAUAUCAUGUCCAUGCAACAUCAGGAAAUGGCUGAAAUCAUUGAUUCCAUUCAAAUGUUUGAUAUGCCUCUUGUGAAUGAAGAAGAUGAACAACUUAACUUUUUCUGCUAA